AUGUACUGCCAGCGCCUCGCUGUUCCACUCGCCCGUGCCGUCGUCGCCCGUGGACCUUUGGCCCUGAGAGCUGAGAACGCCUUGGCCGCUCGCUGCCUCCACCUGAGUGCUCAACGCAAGGAUAUCGACUCCGCCGCCAAGUACAUUGGUGCUGGAGCCGCUACCGUCGGUGUUGCUGGAUCUGGUGCCGGUAUUGGUAACGUCUUCGGAGCUCUCGUUAUCGGAUACGCCAGAAACCCAUCCCUGAAGCAGCAGCUGUUCUCCUACGCCAUUCUUGGAUUCGCCCUGUCCGAGGCUAUGGGUCUGUUCUGUUUGACCAUGGGUUUCAUGAUCCUGUUCGCCCUCUAA